GACAGAAACAAUCUGAGCCAUGAAACCAGAAAACUACCAAUGCGUGCCAGACGUGCCCUUCUGCCAUGUAAAAGGAGAUUUCUGGAAACCUUGACCUGUUUGACACAUCUUCAUCAAGGUCAAACAUGGUGGCUCCCUUGUUUCUUGGACUUGCAUGCUUUGAGACAUGCAAAGACUCAUGAACUCUGCAGCGGCAUAAGGUUGCAGACGAAGUCUCAGCUGCAGCGACUUCAUGAAAUCCAGCAAAGGCCGCGUCGCAGACCAUCUUCGAGCCCAACACCACUUCCGUUUGACGUCCAAACCACACUGACACAUCCAUAUCGCAACUUGAGAAACCCAAUCGGCCCAAGACUACCAGACCCCUGCCCCAGCGGCCCUAGCCCUAGCGCAACCAUCAGCUAUCCGGCGCAAUGCGCUGUCAGUCCUGGAUUGGUCGGAAGAAGUGCCUCGACUGCCUCGACUUUAGCUUUCCAUGGCCCUUCGGGUCAACCAGUCACAACUCACAUCACUCCAGUUGCAAGCCAGACUAGUCAACUUGUGACUCAUGCAAGUCCAGUGGCAAGCCACACUAGCCAACCCGUCACAAGUCAAAUGAGUCAGCCAACCUACAUUACCUACCCGAUCCUUCAAGAGCAUUUUGGCGUGUGGGAUGCUGAACAUCAAAUAGCAAGGCCCACUCCCUCUGAGUCGCUUCCGGAGCCGGUGGCUUUUCCACCAAGCCCAGGAAUGCUAAAAGUGCAGCUUCCAAAACUGGCUCACAGAAGUAGAACUAAAGAGGGCAAGGCAAAGAGUGAGAGUGAAAGGCAAAGGCCAGAACACCAUGAGAAUCAUGAGAGCAGAGAAGAUCAUUACAAAAGGUUGCGAGAUGACCUGAACUUGGCCAAGCGUUUGAAGAUGAAGCUUCCUGCUGGCCUCAUAGAGCGGAUCGAUCGGCUCCAAAAGCAAAGCAAUGCGUUGGAGAGAUUUCAGCAACAAAACUUGGAGCAAGACAACUUAGUAGAUGACUUGCUGCCCAGCAGAGCUUCUUCGGUGCGUGAUGUCUCUCCUCUGGCAAACUUUGAUUUUCGCAGGCCACUGGAAGACUUGCAACAAGCAGUACUGUCUGUGAAGGCAGAGCAGAACACAAUUCGAAGAAUGCAAGAAGAGGAACUGCUAGAACUCUGUAAGUUGAAGCACCUACUUCAAAGGGAAGAGAUGGAACAGAAGGCCAUUGAGCGUGAAAGGAAGGAGCGCAAGGAGCAGGAAGCAGCUGCACAUGCAGCGACGGAAGCAGCAGCAGAAGCAGCAGCAGAAGCAGCAGCAGCUGCUGCUGCAGCCCUGCAGCUGGAGCGCCAACGAGAGGCUCUUCGUGUUCAGCAGUCAAAGCAAGAGGUUGCUCUUCGAGUGGAGCAGGUCCUUCUAUCGCAGGCGGCUCGUCGCGAAGAGUUUUUACAAGCGGAGCUCAGAAGACUUGACGAAGAAGAGCAGCAAGUUUACACAAAAAGCCUUGAGCUCAAACGACAAGCAGAAGUGAUUGAAGCACUGAGUCAAAAGGACUAUCACAGUCUGAGUUUCACCCCGCAGCCAAAGAUUGCUACACCAAUCGCUACAAGUUGGGCAGCGAGCUCAGCUAGUGCAGCAAGCGGCCUCAGACCCAAGCCAUGCCAAGAGGAACUCGCAGAUGUUGAGGACAUCGCCGUUGAAGAGCCAAGAACCCUAUCACCUGCUGGGAGGCAAGUGCUGGCAGGUCAGGGUCCUUUAUGGCAGACUCCUGGCACGACGCACAUCCCCUGCUGGGCUGAGACGUCAAAGAAUCAGGAUGAGCAGGAGUCCCUGAAACAGGCAUAUCUUGCCUUCCUGAACAAGGAACAAAGCUUUGAAGGUGAAGAUGCUCAGACGUCACCAGCGCCUCGAGCUGCAGUUCCGGCCACAUUGCCGGAAGGGCAAGGAGCCGCAAUGAAGCACUUCAGAGGCCUUGAGGAACUUCAUGAUCUGCCGCAGGUCUAUCGAGCUGCCGUAUCGAUUGUGGCAAAGCACGGCUGGGAUGCUCUACAUGGUGGGGAAAAUGCAGGAGCUUGCUGGACGGCUUUGCACUGGGCUGCAGCAGAGGGGCGGACUGAUGUUUGCCAGCUGCUGCUGCAAUGCCGUGCAGAUGCCAACCACGAGGACGAGCUAGGAAGAUGUGCAUCCUACUAUGCUGGGUUGCAUGGCCAUCUCGACACCCAGGCGCUGCUCAAGAAUGGGGGAACUGCACAGGACAGGCAGGAUAGAAAGAUUCCUGGGGACGAGGAAGCGGAAGAGGGUGAAAUGAUGUCUGUUGCCAGCACCAGGGCCAGUGCAGCUCUUGUUGAACGUGCCUCCAAUUGGUCUUUGGGAACAUUGCGGCAAUCUUGACCUUUGAGUGUAGUCAGUGUAGUCUGCCACAGUACACAUGUACUUUGGGUGGAUGCUACCGAUUCCCAAGUUUGUUCUCAAGUCAGUAUCCUCGGUGUUUGCCCUGGUGCUGUGUAAAUGCAGCCUUCGAUUGGCCCAGAGAGAGGAGAAAAAACAUAUCCUGCAGUGCCA